AUGGCACAAGCACUCGUCUCUGCUGAUGUCCUCCAGCAACUUACUCCCAUGUUGGCGAGCCUUCUCUCGUCUGAUAACAACGCAAGAUCGGCUGCCGAGACCCAGUUAAAUGACCAAUGGGUGGCCCAGCAACCUGAUCUUCUCUUGCUCGGUCUGGCCCAGUUCGUUGCCCAGAACCCUGAAGUUCAGCUUCGUUCCCACUGCAGUAUUCUUAUCCGUCGCUUGGCCUUUAAGCAAUACUCGUCUAGCUCCAACCCUGAAAGCCGUUUAUGGGAUAUGGUCCAGGACAACUCCCGUCGUGGUGUCAAGGAACUUUUGUUGAUGGCUUUGGCUAACGAAAUGGACCAGAGCGCCCGUCACAAGGUUGCCGACACUAUCGCAGAGAUUGCCCGGUCUGAAUUGGCUGAUGAUGAAAAGUGGGACAAUCUUCUUGAGUCUCUGUUCAAGUGCAGUCAAUCUCCUCACGCUGCCCACCGUGAAUCUGCUUUCCGUGUGUUUGCUUCCGUACCAGGACUUAUCUCUGACCAGAACAACGAUAUCCUUAAAUCUGUGUUCCUUGCCAGUCUUACUGAUGCCGAAAGCCAGGAAGUUCGCUUGGAAGCCAUGAAGGCUGCUGCUGCCUAUAUUAUCCAAGCUGAUGAGCCCACCCAGAAGAGUCUUGGAUCUCUUAUGCCCCAAAUGUUGGAUCCUCUUUCACCCAUCAUCGCUGCUCGUGACGAUCCCACUCUUGUUGAAGGACUUAUUGUUCUUAUCGAGUUGGCUGACAACUGCCCUCGUCUUUUCCGUCCUGUUCUCGCAAAUGUUUUGUCUGUAAUGGUCGGCAUUGCAAAGGAUAAGUCGUUCGAGGACCGCACACGUCAGACUGCCCUUGAACUUCUCUUGACCCUUGCUGAGGCUGCUCCCGGUAUGGUUCGAAAGGUUCCCAACUUUGCAUCCGAAAUCAUCCCUGUAGCUAUGGAAAUGACCACUGAUAUUGAAGAUGAUGAGGACUGGUAUACAACUGAAGAUCUCACUGAGGAUGAUAACGAAGAAAACUAUGUGAUGGGAGAAAGCACUUUGGACAGAAUGGCUAGAACUCUCGGUGGAAAGAUUAUUGUUCCUGUUGCGUUCCAGUUUAUUCCUCAGAUGUUGCAGUCGGGUGAAUGGCAGCAGCGCAGAGCCGCAUUGAUGGCAAUUUCCUCUAUUGGUGAAGGAUGUGUCAAAGCAUUGAAGCCUGAGUUGGGUAACAUUAUCCAGAUGAUCUUGCCAUCCUUCAAGGACGCUCAUCCCCGUGUUCGCUAUGCUGCUUGUAACGCAAUGGGUCAGAUGUCAACUGAUUUCUCGCCCUACCUCCAGAAGCACUUCCACCAGGCUGUGAUCACUGCUCUUUUGCCUGUCAUGGAAGAUAGCACCCAGCCUCGCGUACAGGCCCAUGCCGCCGCCGCAAUGGUCAACUUCUGCGAGGAGACCGAUAAGUCUAUCCUUGAUCCUUAUCUCGACGCUAUCUUUGAACGUCUGCUCGUGUUGCUCAAGACUCCUAAGAUCUACGUCCAGGAGCAGGCUAUCACUACAAUUGCCACCGUUGCUGACUGUGCCGAAGACAAGUUUAUCAAGUACCACAGUGUCAUCAUGCCUCUCUUGCUCGACGCCCUUCGUCAGGCCACAGACAAGCAAUACCGCCUUUUGCGCUGCAGAGCAAUCGAGUGUGCUUCGCUCAUCGGUCUUGCUGUUGGAAAGGAGGUUUUCACCCCCUACACCCAGACCUUUAUCAACAUUCUUGCCGAAAUCCAGCAGAUGCCCACUGAGGCUGAUGAUUCCCAGACAACAUAUUUGCUUGCUGCUUGGGCCCGUAUGUGCAAGAUGAUGGGCCAGGACUUCCUGCCUUACUUGCCUAACAUCAUGCCCCCUCUGCUCCAGUCUGCUCAGCUUGUACCUGAAAUCACUCUCGUCGAUGUUGAGGAUGACGAUGUCGAAGCCAAGUAUCCUACUGAUGAUGGCUGGGAGUUUGUCGGUAUCAACGGACAACAGGUCGGUAUCAAGACCUCUGUGUUGGAAGAAAAGCACACUGCUAUUGAGAUGUUGUUGAGCUAUGCUCGUGAUCUUGGAGCUGGUUUCCUUCCCUACGUUGCCCCUGUCCUGGAAAUUGCGCUUCCCCUUCUCAAGUUUUACUUCCACGAUGAUGUACGCCACGCCGCUGCUGCUCUUAUUCCUCUCCUGCUCAAGGAUGCCAAGGAUGCCAAUGUAGCCCAGGUUGAACUUGCCAACAUGUGGACCACAAUCUUUGAAAAGCUUGUCAAAAUCAUGCAGAUUGAGGACGAUGUCGCAUUCUUGUCUCAGGUUUACACCACCUUCUACGAGUGUGUAGAUGUUCUUGGUGAGAACUGCUUGCUUCCUGCCCAGCUCGAGGCUUUCAACAAGGCAAACGAGGAGCAGCUCAAGAAAUUCCUCGAGCGUCUUUCUUCUCGCGAGGCUGACAAGCAGAGCGGUGAUUAUGAGGCCGAUGAUGAAGAACAGCGUGCAGAGGAAGAAGAGCUUGAGGAGGAAGCUUUGGGAGAAUUGGCCCGCGCCAUGCAAGCCAUCUUCAAAUCCCAGGGUGCUGGAUAUCUGCCUUACUUUGACAAGCUUUUGCCUUUGGUGACCCAGUUUCUCGGACACCCCAACACAAGUGCUCGCCAGUGGAGUAUCUGUGUGUUCGACGACGUAGUAGAAUACACCGGACCCAACUCCUUCAACUACUCUAGCUACUUCUUGCCCGCCGUCAUGGCAGGUUUGGCUGAUCCUGCCUUUGAGGUGCGUCAGGCAGCUGCUUAUGGCGUCGGUAUUUGGGGUCAGUUUGGUGGUCCCCAGUUCGCUGAUGCAUGCGUUGCCGCGUUGGAGCCUUUGUUUGCUAUGAUCAACUCUCCAAAUGCUCGCGAAGAGGGCGAGGUCUAUGCCACAGAAAACGCCAUCUCUGCUAUUGCAAAGAUCUGCAAAUAUAACGGUUCCAAGACCAAUGUUAACCAAGUAUUGAGUGCUUGGUUCUCUACCCUUCCUAUCCUCAAUGAUGACCAGGAAGCACCCUUUGUUUAUACUUACCUCCUUGAUCUCCUUGAAGCACACCACCCAAGUAUCCUUGGUCCCAACAACGACAACAUUGUUGGUCUCGUCAAGAUUUUUGCUCAGGUACUUGCUUCUGAUAUCCUCCAACCUACCCUUGCUGCUCGCAUGGUGAACAGUCUCAAGGUCAUUCUUGCUGGUGUUGAUGAAGCUACACGGACACAGCUUUGGAGUGUAAUCUCCCCUGAGAACAGAGCCAUUCUCCAGAAGAAGGGUUACGUAUAAAAAAAAUUGCGGAAGAGACCAACAAAAAACAAUGGUAUUCUUUUUUUUUUGCCAAAGUUUUUUCAUCAUCUUAGAUCCAUUCUCUCUUAUCACCCCUCUUUUUCAUUCAACUGCUUUCUACUCUACCCCCCUUUUUUGUAAUACAUGCAUCGCUUCAGACGGCCAAGAAAAAGAAAAAUUCAUACUUCUUUUAUCAUUUCUAUCCUACUCCUCCUAUUGUUCAUGCUUGGUUUUUCCCAAGAAAAUAAGAUACAUGUUCAACUUUUUUAAUACAUAUUUCUAUUAUGGUUUUAC